CAUUUGUAGUGUCAUUAGUUGAGUGAUCAUAUCUAAACAGUAGAAACAAUUUGAAAGAACAAUUUAAGUAACAAAAUGAAAGUAUUCAUUGUUUUGGCCAUGCUCUUAGCAGCCGUUUGCGCUGUACCCCAAUUCGGUUUUGGUAGUCCUUAUGGUGGUGGCGGCUUUGGACGUCCCGGUUUCGGUGGUGGCCCAUACUAUGGUGGUGGCGGCGGUUUCGGCCGUCCUGGUUUCGGUGGUGGCGGUUUUGGCCGUCCCGGUUUCGGUGGUGGCCCCAACUAUGGUGGUGGCGGUUUCGGACGUCCCGGAUUUGGUGGUCCAGGUUUCGGUGGUCCCGGUUUCGGUGGUGGCGGCGGUGGUUCCUCAUCUGCCUCAGCUUCUUCUAGUGCUAGCGCUGCUGGUAAUGGUGGUUUCGGUGGCUCUGGUUCCGCUUCAGCUUCUGCUUCCGCAUCUGCUGCUGGUGGCGGUGGAUUCCGCGGUUAAACAUACUUGCUUCCUAUACAAAGUUCGCCGGAGAUUAAGCAAAGUUGUAAAAUUUUGUACAAUUUUUAGUUUUUUGUUAUAAUUUCUUUUUAAGUUAUUUUUUAUUUUAAGUUUUACAAAAAAAAAAGUCUGAAAAAAUAUAAAAAAAAAUA